AUGACGUGGCUAAAUUUAUUAAUAUGCUUACUUUUGAAUGGAUUCGUAUCAGGCAAGAGAAAACUAAGCACAGAAAGGGAUGAUACUCAACAUGCUAGAAAAUCAAAUAAUGGAUUCAUUUCAGCCGAUCAAUUAAGCCUAACAUCUGAUCAUCCAUACUAUACACAGUCUAUUAGUUUUCGUCAGAAGGCACCGAUAGAAUUUACUAAAUCGAAAAGGGUUACAAUUCCAGCUGAUAUUUCUAUGAAUAUCACCACAAUGUUUCCAAUCGAUUAUUUUGCAAAUUCGUUUAAUUCUGUUCAAAUACUUGCAAGAGAGAAAUUUCUAGCUGUUAAAUGGAAUAAUCUAAGCAUUUAUGACUCAAAUGGUAAAGAAAUGUUGGAUCGAGCACAAAUUCUCUGUGUUCUUCAUCGUAAUGGUAACAUUUCAAUUCAUUUUGAGAAAAAUAACACAAAUGUGAAAUGGAAUCUAAGUCGUACGCGUGAACAACGCAGUUAUCCAUCCCAUCUCCCGAUAUCUACUCAAACGCUUAAUGUUAACGUCAAAGAAGAAAGCGCAAAUCCAAAUCGUACACAUAAACCACGCAGUUAUUCAUCUCAUUUCCCGAUACCUUCACAAAAGUUUAACGUAAACGUCAAAGAAGAAAGCGCAAAUCCAAAUCGUACACAUAAACCACGCAGUUAUUCAUCUCAUUUCCCGAUACCUUCACAAAAGUUUAACGUAAACGUCAAAGAAGAAAGCGCAAAUCCAAAUCGUACACAUAAACCACGCAGUUAUUCAUCUCAUUUCCCGAUACCUUCACAAAAGUUUAACGUAAACGUCAAAGAAGAAAGCGCAAAUCCGAAUCGUACACAUAAACCACGCAGUUAUUCAUCUCAUUUCCCGAUAACUUCACAAAAGUUUAACGUAAACGUCAAAGAAGAAAGCGCAAAUCCAAAUCGUACACAUAAACCACGCAGUUAUUCAUCUCAUUUCCCGAUAACUUCACAAAAGUUUAACGUAAACGUCAAAGAAGAAAGCGCAAAUCCGAAUCGUACACAUAAACCACGCAGUUAUUCAUCUCAUUUCCCGAUAACUUCACAAAAGUUUAACGUAAACGUCAAAGAAGAAAGCGCAAAUCCAAAUCGUACACAUAAACCACGCAGUUAUUCAUCUCAUUUCCCGAUACCUUCACAAAAGUUUAACGUAAACGUCAAAGAAGAAAGCGCAAAUCCGAAUCGUACACAUAAACCACACAAUUAUCCAUCUCAUCUCCCGAUACCUACUCAAACGCUUAAUGUUAGCGUCAAAGAAGAAAGCGCAAAUCCGAAUCGUACACAUAAACCACGCAGUUAUUCAUCUCAUUUCCCGAUAACUUCACAAAAGUUUAACGUAAACGUCAAAGAAGAAAGCGCAAAUCCAAAUCGUACUCAUAAACCACACAAUUAUCCAUCUCAUUUCCCGAUACCUUCACAAAAGUUUAAAGUGAACGUCAAAGAAGAAAGCGCAAAUCCAAAUCGUACACAUAAACCACGCAGUUAUUCAUCUCAUUUCCCGAUACCUUCACAAAAGUUUAACGUGAACGUCAAAGAAGAAAGCGCAAAUCCGAAUCGUACACAUAAACCACGCAGUUAUUCAUCUCAUUUCCCGAUACCUUCACAAAAGUUUAACGUAAACGUCAAAGAAGAAAGCGCAAAUCCAAAUCGUACACAUAAACCACGCAGUUAUUCAUCUCAUUUCCCGAUACCUUCACAAAAGUUUAACGUAAACGUCAAAGAAGAAAGCGCAAAUCUAAAUCGUACACAUAAACCACGCAGUUAUUCAUCUCAUUUCCCGAUACCUUCACAAAAGUUUAACGUAAACGUCAAAGAAGAAAGCGCAAAUCUAAAUCGUACACAUAAACCACACAAUUAUCCAUCUCAUCUCCCGAUACCUACUCAAACGCUUAAUGUUAGCGUCAAAGAAGAAAGCGCAAAUCCGAAUCGUACACAUAAACCACGCAGUUAUUCAUCUCAUUUCCCGAUAACUGCACAAAAGUUUAACGUAAACGUCAAAGAAGAAAGCGCAAAUCCAAAUCGUACUCAUAAACCACACAAUUAUCCAUCUCAUUUCCCGAUACCUUCACAAAAGUUUAAAGUGAACGUCAAAGAAGAAAGCGCAAAUCCAAAUCGUACACAUAAACCACGCAGUUAUUCAUCUCAUUUCCCGAUACCUUCACAAAAGUUUAACGUGAACGUCAAAGAAGAAAGCGCAAAUCUAAAUCGUACACAUAAACCACGCAGUUAUUCAUCUCAUUUCCCGAUACCUUCACAAAAGUUUAACGUAAACGUCAAAGAAGAAAGCGCAAAUCCAAAUCGUACACAUAAACCACGCAGUUAUUCAUCUCAUUUCCCGAUACCUUCACAAAAGUUUAACGUAAACGUCAAAGAAGAAAGCGCAAAUCUAAAUCGUACACAUAAACCACGCAGUUAUUCAUCUCAUUUCCCGAUACCUUCACAAAAGUUUAACGUAAACGUCAAAGAAGAAAGCGCAAAUCCAAAUCGUACACAUAAACCACGCAGUUAUUCAUCUCAUUUCCCGAUACCUUCACAAAAGUUUAACGUGAACGUCAAAGAAGAAAGCGCAAAUCCGAAUCGUACACAUAAACCACGCAGUUAUUCAUCUCAUUUCCCGAUACCUUCACAAAAGUUUAACGUAAACGUCAAAGAAGAAAGCGCAAAUCUAAAUCGUACACAUAAACCACACAAUUAUCCAUCUCAUCUCCCGAUACCUACUCAAACGCUUAAUGUUAGCGUCAAAGAAGAAAGCGCAAAUCCGAAUCGUACACAUAAACCACGCAGUUAUUCAUCUCAUUUCCCGAUAACUUCACAAAAGUUUAACGUAAACGUCAAAGAAGAAAGCGCAAAUCCAAAUCGUACUCAUAAACCACACAAUUAUCCAUCUCAUUUCCCGAUACCUUCACAAAAGUUUAAAGUGAACGUCAAAGAAGAAAGCGCAAAUCCAAAUCGUACACAUAAACCACGCAGUUAUUCAUCUCAUUUCCCGAUACCUUCACAAAAGUUUAACGUGAACGUCAAAGAAGAAAGCGCAAAUCCGAAUCGUACACAUAAACCACGCAGUUAUUCAUCUCAUUUCCCGAUACCUUCACAAAAGUUUAACGUAAACGUCAAAGAAGAAAGCGCAAAUCCAAAUCGUACACAUAAACCACGCAGUUAUUCAUCUCAUUUCCCGAUACCUUCACAAAAGUUUAACGUAAACGUCAAAGAAGAAAGCGCAAAUCUAAAUCGUACACAUAAACCACGCAGUUAUUCAUCUCAUUUCCCGAUACCUUCACAAAAGUUUAACGUAAACGUCAAAGAAGAAAGCGCAAAUCCAAAUCGUACACAUAAACCACGCAGUUAUUCAUCUCAUUUCCCGAUACCUUCACAAAAGUUUAACGUGAACGUCAAAGAAGAAAGCGCAAAUCCGAAUCGUACACAUAAACCACGCAGUUAUUCAUCUCAUUUCCCGAUACCUUCACAAAAGUUUAACGUAAACGUCAAAGAAGAAAGCGCAAAUCCAAAUCGUACACAUAAACCACGCAGUUAUUCAUCUCAUUUCCCGAUACCUUCACAAAAGUUUAACGUAAACGUCAAAGAAGAAAGCGCAAAUCCAAAUCGUACACAUAAACCACGCAGUUAUUCAUCUCAUUUCCCGAUACCUUCACAAAAGUUUAACGUAAACGUCAAAGAAGAAAGCGCAAAUCUAAAUCGUACACAUAAACCACGCAGUUAUUCAUCUCAUCUCCCGAUAUCUACUCAAACGCUUAAUGUUAACGUCAAAGAAGAAAGCGCAAAUCUAAAUCGUACACAUAAACCACACAAUUAUCCAUCUCAUCUCCCGAUAUCUACUCAAACGCUUACUGUUUACGUCAAAGAAGAAAGCGCAAAUCCGAAUCGUACACAUAAAACACACAAUUAUCCAUCUCAUCUCCCGAUAUCUACACAAACGCUUACUGUUUACGUCAAAGAAGAAAGCGCAAAUCUAAAUCGUACACAUAAACCACGCAGUUAUUCAUCUCAUUUCCCGAUACCUUCACAAAAGUUUAACGUAAACGUCAAAGAAGAAAGCGCAAAUCUAAAUCGUACACAUAAACCACACAAUUAUUCAUCUCAUGUCCCGAUAUCUACUCAAACGCUUAAUGUUAACGUCAAAGAAGAAAGCGCAAAUCCAAAUCGUACACAUAAACCACGCAGUUAUUCAUCUCAUUUCCCGAUACCUUCACAAAAGUUUAACGUAAACGUCAAAGAAGAAAGCGCAAAUCUAAAUCGUACACAUAAACCACGCAGUUAUUCAUCUCAUUUCCCGAUAACUUCACAAAAGUUUAACGUAAACGUCAAAGUAGAAAGCGCAAAUCCAAAUCGUACACAUAAACCACGCAGUUAUUCAUCUCAUUUCCCGAUAACUUCACAAAAGUUUAACGUAAACGUCAAAGAAGAAAGCGCAAAUCCGAAUCGUACACAUAAACCACGCAGUUAUUCAUCUCAUUUCCCGAUACCUUCACAAAAGUUUAACGUAAACGUCAAAGAAGAAAGCGCAAAUCCGAAUCGUACACAUAAACCACGCAGUUAUUCAUCUCAUUUCCCGAUAACUUCACAAAAGUUUAACGUAAACGUCAAAGAAGAAAGCGCAAAUCCGAAUCGUACACAUAAACCACGCAGUUAUUCAUCUCAUUUCCCGAUAACUUCACAAAAGUUUAACGUAAACGUCAAAGAAGAAAGCGCAAAUCCGAAUCGUACACAUAAACCACGCAGUUAUUCAUCUCAUUUCCCGAUAACUUCACAAAAGUUUAACGUAAACGUCAAAGAAGAAAGCGCAAAUCCAAAUCGUACUCAUAAACCACACAAUUAUCCAUCUCAUCUCCCGAUACCUUCACAAAAGUUUAAAGUGAACGUCAAAGAAGAAAGCGCAAAUCCAAAUCGUACACAUAAACCACGCAGUUAUUCAUCUCAUUUCCCGAUACCUUCACAAAAGUUUAACGUGAACGUCAAAGAAGAAAGCGCAAAUCCGAAUCGUACACAUAAACCACGCAGUUAUUCAUCUCAUUUCCCGAUACCUUCACAAAAGUUUAACGUAAACGUCAAAGAAGAAAGCGCAAAUCCAAAUCGUACACAUAAACCACGCAGUUAUUCAUCUCAUUUCCCGAUACCUUCACAAAAGUUUAACGUAAACGUCAAAGAAGAAAGCGCAAAUCUAAAUCGUACACAUAAACCACGCAGUUAUUCAUCUCAUUUCCCGAUACCUUCACAAAAGUUUAACGUAAACGUCAAAGAAGAAAGCGCAAAUCCAAAUCGUACACAUAAACCACGCAGUUAUUCAUCUCAUUUCCCGAUACCUUCACAAAAGUUUAACGUGAACGUCAAAGAAGAAAGCGCAAAUCCGAAUCGUACACAUAAACCACGCAGUUAUUCAUCUCAUUUCCCGAUACCUUCACAAAAGUUUAACGUAAACGUCAAAGAAGAAAGCGCAAAUCCAAAUCGUACACAUAAACCACGCAGUUAUUCAUCUCAUUUCCCGAUACCUUCACAAAAGUUUAACGUAAACGUCAAAGAAGAAAGCGCAAAUCCAAAUCGUACACAUAAACCACGCAGUUAUUCAUCUCAUUUCCCGAUACCUUCACAAAAGUUUAACGUAAACGUCAAAGAAGAAAGCGCAAAUCUAAAUCGUACACAUAAACCACGCAGUUAUUCAUCUCAUCUCCCGAUAUCUACUCAAACGCUUAAUGUUAACGUCAAAGAAGAAAGCGCAAAUCUAAAUCGUACACAUAAACCACACAAUUAUCCAUCUCAUCUCCCGAUAUCUACUCAAACGCUUACUGUUUACGUCAAAGAAGAAAGCGCAAAUCCGAAUCGUACACAUAAAACACACAAUUAUCCAUCUCAUCUCCCGAUAUCUACACAAACGCUUACUGUUUACGUCAAAGAAGAAAGCGCAAAUCUAAAUCGUACACAUAAACCACGCAGUUAUUCAUCUCAUUUCCCGAUACCUUCACAAAAGUUUAACGUAAACGUCAAAGAAGAAAGCGCAAAUCUAAAUCGUACACAUAAACCACACAAUUAUUCAUCUCAUGUCCCGAUAUCUACUCAAACGCUUAAUGUUAACGUCAAAGAAGAAAGCGCAAAUCCAAAUCGUACACAUAAACCACGCAGUUAUUCAUCUCAUUUCCCGAUACCUUCACGAAAGUUUAACGUAAACGUCAAAGAAGAAAGCGCAAAUCUAAAUCGUACACAUAAACCACGCAGUUAUUCAUCUCAUUUCCCGAUAACUUCACAAAAGUUUAACGUAAACGUCAAAGUAGAAAGCGCAAAUCCAAAUCGUACACAUAAACCACGCAGUUAUUCAUCUCAUUUCCCGAUAACUUCACGAAAGUUUAACGUAAACGUCAAAGAAGAAAGCGCAAAUCCGAAUCGUACACAUAAACCACGCAGUUAUUCAUCUCAUUUCCCGAUACCUUCACAAAAGUUUAACGUAAACGUCAAAGAAGAAAGCGCAAAUCCGAAUCGUACACAUAAACCACGCAGUUAUUCAUCUCAUUUCCCGAUAACUUCACAAAAGUUUAACGUAAACGUCAAAGAAGAAAGCGCAAAUCCGAAUCGUACACAUAAACCACGCAGUUAUUCAUCUCAUUUCCCGAUAACUUCACAAAAGUUUAACGUAAACGUCAAAGAAGAAAGCGCAAAUCCGAAUCGUACACAUAAACCACGCAGUUAUUCAUCUCAUUUCCCGAUAACUUCACAAAAGUUUAACGUAAACGUCAAAGAAGAAAGCGCAAAUCUAAAUCGUACACAUAAACCACGCAGUUAUUCAUCUCAUCUCCCGAUAUCUACUCAAACGCUUAAUGUUAACGUCAAAGAAGAAAGCGCAAAUCUAAAUCGUACACAUAAACCACACAAUUAUCCAUCUCAUCUCCCGAUAUCUACUCAAACGCUUACUGUUUACGUCAAAGAAGAAAGCGCAAAUCCGAAUCGUACACAUAAAACACACAAUUAUCCAUCUCAUCUCCCGAUAUCUACACAAACGCUUACUGUUUACGUCAAAGAAGAAAGCGCAAAUCUAAAUCGUACACAUAAACCACGCAGUUAUUCAUCUCAUUUCCCGAUAACUUCACAAAAGUUUAACGUAAACGUCAAAGAAGAAAGCGCAAAUCUAAAUCGUACACAUAAACCACACAAUUAUUCAUCUCAUGUCCCGAUAUCUACUCAAACGCUUAAUGUUAACGUCAAAGAAGAAAGCGCAAAUCCAAAUCGUACACAUAAACCACGCAGUUAUUCAUCUCAUUUCCCGAUACCUUCACAAAAGUUUAACGUAAACGUCAAAGAAGAAAGCGCAAAUCUAAAUCGUACACAUAAACCACGCAGUUAUUCAUCUCAUUUCCCGAUAACUUCACAAAAGUUUAACGUAAACGUCAAAGAAGAAAGCGCAAAUCUAAAUCGUACACAUAAACCACGCAGUUAUUCAUCUCAUUUCCCGAUAACUUCACAAAAGUUUAACGUAAACGUCAAAGAAGAAAGCGCAAAUCCGAAUCGUACACAUAAACCACGCAGUUAUUCAUCUCAUUUCCCGAUACCUUCACAAAAGUUUAACGUAAACGUCAAAGAAGAAAGCGCAAAUCCGAAUCGUACACAUAAACCACGCAGUUAUUCAUCUCAUCUCCCGAUAUCUACUCAAACGCUUAAUGUUAACGUCAAAGAAGAAAGCGCAAAUCCGAAUCGUACACAUAAACCACGCAGUUAUUCAUCUCAUUUCCCGAUAACUUCACAAAAGUUUAACGUAAACGCCAAAGAAGAAAGCGCAAAUCCGAAUCGUACACAUAAACCACGCAGUUAUUCAUCUCAUUUCCCGAUAACUUCACAAAAGUUUAACGUAAACGUCAAAGAAGAAAGCGCAAAUCCAAAUCGUACACAUAAACCACGCAGUUAUCCAUCUCAUCUCCCGAUAUCUACUCAAACGCCUAAUGUUAGCGUCAAAGAAGAAAGCGCAAAUCCAAAUCGUACACAUAAACCACGCAGUUAUUCAUCUCAUUUCCCGAUACCUUCACAAAAGUUUAACGUAAACGUCAAAGAAGAAAGCGCAAAUCUAAAUCGUAGACAUAAACCACACAAUUAUCCAUCUCAUCUCCCGAUAUCUACUCAAACGCUUAAUGUUAGCGUCAAAGAAGAAAGCGCAAAUCCAAAUCGUACACAUAAACCACGCAGUUAUUCAUCUCAUUUCCCGAUACCUUCACAAAAGUUUAACGUAAACGUCAAAGAAGAAAGCGCAAAUCCAAAUCGUACACAUAAACCACGCAGUUAUUCAUCUCAUUUCCCGAUACCUUCACAAAAGUUUAACGUAAACGUCAAAGAAGAAAGCGCAAAUCCGAAUCGUACACAUAAACCACGCAGUUAUUCAUCUCAUUUCCCGAUACCUUCACAAAAGUUUAACGUAAACGUCAAAGAAGAAAGCGCAAAUCCAAAUCGUACACAUAAACCACGCAGUUAUUCAUCUCAUUUCCCGAUACCUUCACAAAAGUUUAACGUAAACGUCAAAGAAGAAAGCGCAAAUCUAAAUCGUACACAUAAACCACGCAGUUAUCCAUCUCAUCUCCCGAUAUCUACUCAAACGCUUAAUGUUAACGUCAAAGAAGAAAGCGCAAAUCCGAAUCGUACACAUAAACCACGCAGUUAUUCAUCUCAUUUCCCGAUACCUUCACAAAAGUUUAACGUAAACGUCAAAGACGAAAGCGCAAAUCCGAAUCGUACACAUAAACCACGCAGUUAUUCAUCUCAUUUCCCGAUACCUUCACAAAAGUUUAACGUAAACGUCAAAGAAGAAAGCGCAAAUCCGAAUCGUACACAUAAACCACACAAUUAUCCAUCUCAUCUCCCGAUACCUUCACAAAAGUUUAACGUAAACGUCAAAGAAGAAAGCGCAAAUCCGAAUCGUACACAUAAACCACGCAGUUAUCCAUCUCAUCUCCCGAUAUCUACUCAAACGCUUAAUGUUAGCGUCAAAGAAGAAAGCGCAAAUCUAAAUCGUACACGUAAACCACACAAUUAUCCGUCCCAUCUCCCGUUAUCUACACAGUCGCCUAAUGUAAACAUCAAAAAAGAUGAAAGUCCAAGUGAAUUUCCAAUAUCUCAUGAUCAUUUAAACAGCAGUCACAUUCAUAUAAUACAAAAUACAACGGUUAUAUUUUCAAAUAAUCAAAAUGAAUAUCUACAAUCUUUAUGGUUAUCAUCUGUGAUAGUAUCAAGUACAAUAGCCACCCUUAUUUCUACCAGUAUUUGUGUUGUAUUACUUUGUAUAUUCAUAAUAGUAUUGAAAGUUAAUUAUGUCAGGAAGGACUCACAUUAUUCAUCAGCUAACACAAUUACCUGA